CGCGAGAACUUCCUGACAGCAGAAAACAUGGCAGACGAACACGCACGGAAGUGGGACCGCUGUCUUGCUGACACAGCCGUGAAAACAGUAACAGGCCUUGGCGUUGGCAUCGUGCUCUCUGUCCUUCUCUUUAAACGUCGCGCGUGGCCUUUGUCAUUUGGUUCAGGUUUGGGACUGGGCAUGGGCUACAGCAACUGUCAGCAUGACUUCAAGUCACCAUAUCUGAUUCAUGGUCGCAUGGUUAAGGGCCAGUAAUGAAGGACCGAAGAUGACGAGGAGUUCCUCGUCUGUUUGUUGUGUUCUUUGGUUGUUUUUUUUGUUUUUUGUUUUUGGUUUUUUUGCUGUCCUGGUGCUAAUCUGUAAUGAUGCCCACGCUGUGUUUAUCAAAGAACAGUAAAUAUAUAUUUAAUAAAGUCAUUGUGGGAAAA